AUUAUAUGUUAUCUACUGCAUAUCGAGAUGAAGAUGUUGAAGUAAGGGAUAGUGUAUUCACAAGGAUUAUCCGUUAUAUUAUAACACCAUCAAUAGAGGAGAGGACGAGGAUAAGAUGCUUAUAUCGUAAUACAGCUAACAGUUAUGGUGAGGAGCAGCAGCAGGCUCUUAUGAUGACGUCAUUGCAGGGAGAAGUAGAGAAUAGCAUGCCCAUAAUCAACACCACUAUAAUGGAUACAUCCAACUACAAGCCUCGAUAUCUAUACCGUUAUUUGAAUGUAUUGAGAUGGUUAUUACUGCUUGUGGCUGGAUAUGCAUAUAAUAGAUUCUUUAUCGAGGUAUAUCACAUUCCACAUGAUAGUGACAAGUAUACCUAUCUUGGUCAUAGCAUCAAUCUAGCCAAUCUUGCUAUGUUUGGCAUAAUACAAGCAUGGUUUGUAGAGGUUAUUGAUGAUCCUAAAAGAUCUAAAUGGAUAUUCUCACUACGUCGGUGGUGGUUCUUUAUAACGUUCUUUGCUGCAUCUACUGUAUUCACUCUCUUAGGGAUGUUGGAUGUCCUUAGUCAUAGUUCGAUAUCCCCAUCAGGUCAUCUAGACAAUUGGAAUGCAUUCAGCAUAGUCCUUACGUUCUUGGCAUCGUUCCUAGCAUUACUCAUCAUAUGGCAUGUUGUAUACUCGAUAAAGGUCUUACCGACCUAUGCUGAUGCUGCUGUUUAUAUAAUAUCUAGAGUUGGAGUGGUCUGUAUCUUCGGCAUUACAUUCCUCCUCAUACACUAUGAUGAUAAAUACAAUAAGCAUGAUGAUAACCCUGUAACGUUCCAUCUGCAUCACUACUUCAUAGCAUGGUUAUUAUCCCUCAUCGCAGCAUUCGAUCAUCCAAUAUCACUUCUGAUGCUAUCGAUAACCUCUGGGAUAUUCGUACAAGGAAUAGCCGCGUAUUCGGCCGCUGGAAUAUUCUUCCGACCACGCAGUGAUGGCGGUGGCAUUGUUAACAUUCUCUCGGGAUGAUUAUA